AUGGCCAAAUCAAAAUACGAAUACGUAAAACAGUUCGAAAAAAAUGAUUCUCUUCUUCCGAACACAUGGCUAGUUGUUCGUAUAGACGGCAGAAAUAGAUUUUCCGAAAGGCAUCAAUUCGCGAAGCCCAAUGAUCAAAGUGCCUUAGAUCUCAUGAACAAGUGUGCUGCCACUAUAAUUAAUGACAUUCAAGACAUUGUACUGGCAUACGGGCAGAGUGAUGAAUAUAGAAAAAUCGUAUCCACUAUUGUCAGUUUAUUUACCUCAAGUUAUGUGUUUUAUUGGAAAGAUUAUUUCCCUAUGAAAGAACUACUUUACCCUCCUUCAUUUGAUGGACGUGUUGUGCUAUACCCUGCUGACAAUAAUCUUAGAGAUUAUCUGAGCUGGAGGCAAGCAGACUGUCACAUUAACAACUUAUAUAACACGUGUUUUUGGACUUUGGUUCAAUCCGGGAAGACUAAAUCUGAGGCAGAAAAUGUGUUAAAAGGAACGGUAUCUUCAGAAAAAAACGAGUUACUAUUUUCUCAGUUUAACAUUAACUACAAUCACUUGCCAGAGAUGUACCGAAAGGGUUCAGUGAUAAUCAGGCGAGAGAUUGAUGUGCAAAUAACCAACCAAAAAGGAGUUGAGAUUAUGAGGAAAAAAAAUGUUGUUAUAACAUUACAUGAUGACAUCAUUGGCGAUAAGUUCUGGAAAGAAAACCCCAAAUUGAGAUUAGCAUGA